CCAAGUGCAAGGAGCGCCGGCAACGUUGCUCACUCGAAUGACGCACAGAGGAGGCGCUACAGUCGAAACGCUUAUUUGGUCAAGAAAAAAAACGCCCUGUACGUGAACCAACUGUGGAGCAGCGAACCCAGCUGGAAAAAGAAAAACUCCUACAAGGUAAGUAAAGUGGCUUUUAAAAGGAUGGCAUCGACCACCAGCGUUGAUAAAUUCCAGGGGGACCUUUUGGAGAAAUUAAAACAGAAUUUGGUCGUGGGGGAGAACCCAGCGUUUAUCCAGGAGAGGCUAGCUAAGUACAACGAGUUGAAGGAGAAGAAGCGAAUCGAAAGGGAGGAGGUACUCAAGAGUGACGCAAAAUUGACCAGAAGCAUAAAUGUGCAGUUGCUGGAUGGGUCUGUGAAGGUGGGACAGUGUAAUGUAACUACCCCGUUUCAUAUUGCCAGCUCCAUUUCGAAGAGGCUGGCGGAGGACUCCAUCGUGGCGCGCGUGACCUACGUGGAGAAGGUGGACCUGGAGCUCUGCGAUAUAGAGGAUGAGGAGCAAGAAGCGGAGGCGAAGGAUGCCACCGUGGGAGGAAGCGCCGCCGUGGGAGGCGAAACGCCCCUCCUGUGGGACAUGAACGUGCCUCUGCUCGGAAGCUGCAAAAUCGAGUUCCUCAACAUGGAGCACGAGGAAGCGAAGAAGACCUUCUGGCACUCCUCAGCACACAUGUUAGGUAGCAGCUUGGAAAAACUAUUUGGAGGAUACCUAACCAUUGGACCACCACUUAAAGAAGGGUUCUACUACGAUAUCUAUCUGCGAGAAUUCUCCAUAACGAAUGAACACUACAAAAAAAUUGAAGAAGAAUUCAACAAGCUGAUAAAAGAAAACGCAGAGUUCGAAAAACUGAUCUGUACAAAAGACGAAGUGAUGGAUCUCUUUAAAUAUAAUCCAUUUAAAUUAAAUUUGAUAAAAUCGAAAAUACCAGAAAAUAAAAAAACAUCAGUAUAUAGGUGUGGUAAUUUUAUAGACCUCUGUUUAGGGCCACAUAUAAAAAGUACAGGAAAAGCAAAAGCAUUUAAAGUGUUAAAAAAUUCAGCUGCUUACUGGUUAGGAAAUAAAAAUAAUGAUAGUUUACAAAGAGUUUAUGGAAUAACUUUCCAAAAAAAAAGUGAAUUAAAUGAUUAUUUAAAUUUUUUGGAAGAAGCAAAAAAAAGAGAUCAUCGUAAUGUUGGGAAAAAAUUACAUUUUUUUUUUGAUAAAGAUACAUCACCAGGAUCAUGUUUUUGGCUACCUCAUGGAGCAAAAAUAUACAAUAAAUUAAUUGACUUUGUUCGAAGAGAAUAUAGAAUAAGGAUGUAUGAAGAAGUGAUUACACCAAAUGUCUUUAGUUGUGAUUUGUGGAAAACUUCAGGACAUUAUCAAAACUACAAAGAGUGUAUGUUUAUUUUUAAUGUAGAGGAGAAGGAGUGGGGGAUGAAGCCUAUGAACUGUCCAGGACAUUGUAUCAUGUUUAAACAGUUAAAUGCAUCAUAUAGGUCGUUACCGAUAAGAUUAGCUGACUUUGGUGUUUUACACAGGAAUGAAAUUUCGGGUAGUUUGAGUGGACUUACUAGAGUACGGAGAUUUCAACAGGAUGACUCACAUAUUUUUUGUACUUUUGAACAAAUAAAGGAAGAAGUGUUAGGGACUCUCCGUUUUAUAUUUUUCAUCUAUGAUCUGUUUGGAUUUAAAUACGAGUUGUUUUUAUCCACGAGACCGAAGAAAUUUAUUGGGAAUAUCUCCACGUGGGACUUUGCAGAACAGGCUUUAAAGGACGCUCUCAAUUCAGCCAAUAUAUCGUGGAAACUGAACGAGGGGGAUGGAGCUUUUUAUGGUCCCAAAAUUGACAUUUUACUGAAGGACAGCAUCAACCGUACUCAUCAGUGUGGCACCAUCCAGCUGGAUUUCCAGCUCCCCUGUAGAUUCAACCUGCAGUAUAAGAAUAGGGACUUUGGGGCACUCAACGAGGGGGGUAAUGGGGAAAGCGGCGCGGUCAAGCGGGAGGAAGUGGCCGAAAAGGCCGAGGGCAAUCCGUCCCAGGAUCAGGGCGCAGCUGCAGACCUCGCCGCGGAUGCCUCGGAUGCCACGAAUGCCGCAGAUACCGCGAAUACCGCAGAGCAGCUGAAAAGGGGCUUCGACCGACCGGUUAUUAUCCACAGAGCUAUCCUCGGCUCCGUGGAAAGGUUCGUCGCCAUUCUGAUAGAACACACAGCUGGGAAGCUACCCUUCUGGAUCUCUCCCAGACAAGCCAUCGUCCUCCCCGUAAGUGACAAGUUCAAUGAUUACGCCAAUUACGUAUACCAAACGCUCAACCAGCACUUCUUCGAUGUGGAGAUAGACACUUCGCUGAACACGCUCAACAAGAAAAUACGGGAGGCGCAGCUGAACCAGUUUAACUUCAUUUUGGUCGUGGGGGAGAAGGAGCUAACGACCAACACCGUGACUGUGCGCAACAGGGAUGAUCAGAACAACCACGAGGUGUGCUCCCUGGAGGAGCUCAUCGCUCGUUUCCGGAAACUGCUCGAGGUCAACUCGAUGCCCUUAAACCAGGUGAAGCCCUUCAAGCAGGAGAAGCCCCCCCAGUGA